CGUGUGAAAGUAUUACGUAUUUUUGGAGGUUUGAGAAGACAAGGAGAUAGAUCGAUGAUGAAGUGGUCGCCAAGGAUGGGAGCUCGGGGGACAAAGAAGUUGCACGUGAAGGUGAACCAGUUGAAGCUCGAAGUGAUUUGGAAGGGAAAGGUAGAAGAUGAUAAGAUAGUGGUGGCGGAGAUGAAAUGGAGAGGUCCUCCUAAGCCUGGAGUUCUAGCUCCAUUUUAUCGAACAUCAACGUGCCAAAGAAAUUAUACCGGCGAAAGAUGCCUGAGACGAGGAAAACCCGUUGAAUGGAACGGCGAAUUCGACAGUGUAUGCAGUUUCUCGGUUUCAAAUGACGGUUCUUUGGGAAAUGAGUUUCUUGUCGUUGUUGUUUGGGGUGAUCAUAAUGAAGGGCGUGAGCAGAGAAUCGAGGAGUAAAUUGGCGGUUCUGGGGAAAGCGUCAUUGAACUUGACGGAGUUGGCUUCGAAGAUGGAUACUCGGUUUGAAAGAAAGCUUCCCAUGACUUUACACGACGGUCGUUUCGCCAGAGAGGCCACCCUUUCGGUAUCCGUGAGCUUUGUGGAGGCCAGAGAUUCUUGUGACUCGUCAAGAAUCGGUCUGAACUCGGCUGAGUCGGACACGGAAAACGCGUCACUCACGAAGGUCAAGGAUUUGACCAGCCUUAACAAGAAGAAGAAGAAGCAUAAGGCUGAAGUGAAUUCCAGUGACUCGGACAAGUUUGCUGCGUUUGACUGGGGUGAGUCCCUUACCACGAGUGACAAUCGCAACGUGGCGUUGACUUCGGAGACCCAGUUGGACCCGGUUCGUAAAACGGGGUUUUUCUCGUGGAAGCGAAGUCGGUUGAGUCUUAGAGCAUCGAAGGGAAGAGUAGAGCCAUUGACCCCUGAUCCCUUACGGAAAGGAGAUGCUAUUGGAUUCUCUUCAUCAGAUUCGGAUCCUCGGCAAUUUACUACUCGAAUUGUUAGCAAUUUGGACAGCAAGUAUGAAAGAGCUUCCAUGGGGCAGACCUACCCCAACAAAUUGGCUGACUGUCCAAGAUCUACUCGGACAAAUGAGUUUCAUAGGAGCUCUGUCACAUUUGCUGCCCAAAUUAAUAACAAUCCUGAUAGUAAAAUUGUUGAGAAUCUCUAUCUCUCAUCAGAACUAGACUCUAAAGAUGACAAUGGUGGGAGAAGUAACUGGGAAGCAAAGGAGUUAGUGAGCAGAGAUGGGAAAGCAAAGCUCAAAACCGAAGUAUUCUUCGCUUCCUUGGACCAAAGGAGUGAAAAGGCAGCUGGAGAGAGUGCCUGCACUGCACUAGUUACUGUCAUCGCUCAUCGGCUCCACGCAAACCAAGACAUGCUGACAAGACCCGAAUUCGAUAGCCUCAUCAUAGAAGGUUCCUCUCAAUGGCAGAAGCUCUGCAGCAACGACACCUACAUACAAUCCUUCCCUGACAAACAUUUUGAUCUUGAUACAGUCUUGAGAGCAAACCUGAAGCCUCUCUUAGUCUUGCCAGAUAAAUCUUUUAUCGGAUUCUUUUGUCCCGAGAAGUUCGAGUGCUUGAAGGAAGCCAUGUCAUUUGAUGAAAUAUGGAAUAAGAUCGGUAGAAUGAAGACUGAAGAUUAUGAUCAGCCAUGUAUAUACAUUGUGAGUUGGAACGACCAUUUCUUUGUGUUGAAGGUAGAGGCAGAUGCUUAUUACAUUAUUGACUCGUUGGGUGAGAGGCUGUUCGAGGGGUGUAACCAGGCAUACAUGUUGAAGUUUGAUGAUUCAAGUUUGAUGUAUGAAAGGGUAGAGAAGGGUGAAAAGGAGGAGAAUGAAGAGAUUAUAUGCAUUGGGAAAGAGUGUUGUAAAGAAUUUAUGAAGAGAUUCCUAGCUGCUAUACCGCUUCGGGAAUUGGAGGAGGAAAAAGAGAAGGGUGGAGUCUCUAACUACCUCCAUCGGAGAUUGCAGAUUGAGUUCCACCUUUGCUCUUCUCCUAAUCAUUCUUCUUCUUCUUCCACCUACUGAUCUCUCUUCUCAAGCCAAGAGAUUAUGUAGAAAAAGUAGGUGAAAAAGUAUUCUAUGAAAUUUGAGUUUUGCAGUUUGAUAAUUUCAGACUGAUGGCAAA